AUGUGUGCAUAUUGCCAAACAUAUUGUCAUAAUGGAAAUGAGUUGAGAGCCCAUUCAGUGACACAUAAUAAAAUGGAAAUUUUUGAAAAUAAUAAUUUAAGAGCAACAUUUCCUUUAAGGAUCGAUGUCACGAACCUAACCUGUACAAUUUGUAACGAAGCUAUAAACAACAAUUGUAUUGAAGGUUUAAAGCGGCAUCUAAAUGUGGUUCAUUCUAAGAUAUUCAAUACAGAGUACAAGGAUGGGGUUAUACCGUUUUUGCUAACUGAGAAUAUUUACAAAUGCGUAUUAUGCGGAUUGAAAUUUGAGCGAUCCCAAUCCUUAUUUGCACAUAUGAAUAAACACUAUCAAAGUUUUGUUUGCCACACUUGUGGGAAGGCGUUCGCAUUGAGGCACACGUAUCGCUCACAUCAAGCUUGUCACGAUAUUGGACAUUUCUCUUGCAACAAGUGUGAUUCCACAUUUGACAAUCGUGCCAUCAAAAAUCGACACGUGGCUGCUGUUCAUGGGCGCAAAGAUAAAUACCGGUGUCCACUUUGUAAUGAUCAUUUUGAUUCAUACUAUGCAAGAUUGAGACAUUUGGAUAAAGUCCACGGACAGAAAGUUGAAUACCGAUGUAAUUUUUGCCCUUCUGUAUUUGGCACGGGUGCAUUAAGAUACUCCCACAUGAAAUCUGUGCACAAAACUAAAAUAUAUAGAAAAAUGUCGCAACAGAGUUGUUAA